GAGACAUUGUGUGGUGCGGAGUUCGUGUUAAUAAAAAUAGAUUUAUUUUUAGUGUUUCAUUUGUGAUUAAUUAAAAAUUAAUAGUUUUCAAGUGAGUUUUAUGCCAACUGUGACGGACAAUAUCGGAAAUAAAGUUUAUCAAAACUCGAUGGCGUCAGAUCAAGACUCCUGCUCAGAUGAGGAGCCAGACAGUGAGAUGCUGAGCGAUGACCUCUGCCUCCCGGAUAGUGAUGAUGACAGACAACCAUCAAGAACAGUUCAGAGUCUACAAGAAGAUUUACCAACUUUAAACUCGUGUAUUCUGCGCCCACCUCGCAAACUCUUCACAAACUGCCGCGAACGCUGGCGACAGCAAAACGUCAGCGGUGCCUUCGCUGAACUAAGGAGACUGGUGCCCACACAUCCUCCGGACAAGAAACUAUCUAAGAACGAAAUCUUGAGAAUGGCGAUAAGAUACAUAGGUCUUCUAAGUGAAGUGCUCGAAUGGCAGAAAAACCACGGACUGGUGAUCAAUAAAGAAAAUUCUGGACUAGCUAUAAAAUGUGAAUCUCCAUUAAGUCCAACAUCAAGACGUCUUCGCCUCAAAAGAUCCUACAUGGAUGAAGACAAAAGAACAUACGAGAAUGACUUCAUCAGAUUCGGAAAUGAAGAAAACGAGGAAACAUUUCGCAGAAACUUCCAGAGGAACACUCCAAACAAUAAGACUGACUUUUUCUUCGGGAAAGAUCACGUGAAGAUAUUACGUAAUCAGUAUUAUUUUCCUUCAAGAUGGCGGCAAAUUCCGCUUAGGAAUUUAGCGGGAGAACGCAAUGGAAAUAAUUUAUUGAUGAUUGCUCCUGCGAAGGGUGAUGAUAAAGAUGGUACGUGUAAAGACAAAGGUGAAGGAAAAGACAAAUAA